AUGUCUGACAAACCAGUUCAACAGGUCACCGAAGGUGUCCAAAAGCUUUACUUGGAUGAAGCCACCGGCGAACAAGUCUCCAAAUCUGAAUUGAAGAAGAGACAAAAGCAACGUCAAGUGGAAGCCAAGAAGGCUGAAAAGGCUAAGAAUAAGCCACAAACUGCCCAACCAAAGAAGGAUAUCAUGAAGGAUAUCACUCCAAACCAGUUCCAUGAAUUGCGUUCUAGACAAAUCAAUGAAUUGAGAACCACCAAGACCCCAAACCCAUACCCACACAAGUUCAAGAACACUAUUGGUGUUACUGAAUUCAUCAAGAAGUACGCUCACUUGACCAAGGGGGAAACCGUUCCAGAAGAUGUCAUUUCUUUGUCUGGUAGAAUCAUGACCAAGAGAGAAUCUGGUAAGAGUUUGAGAUUCUACGUCUUGCAAGGCGAAGGUGUCCAAGUGCAAAUCAUGGCCCAAGCCCAAGAUGCCGACGGUGAUUUCGCCGCCAUGCAUGAUAUCUUGAGAAGAGGUGAUAUCAUUGGUGUUACUGGUUACCCAGGUAGAACCCAACCAAAGAAGGGUGGUGAAGGUGAAUUGUCUGUCUUUGCUAAGCAGAUCACCUUGUUGUCUCCAUGUUUGCACAUGUUGCCUGCUGAACAUUAUGGUUUCAAGGACCAAGAAACCAGAUACAGAAAGAGAUACUUGGAUUUGAUCAUGAACAAGAAUGUUAGAGAUAAAUUCUUGGUUAGAUCUAAGAUCAUUACUUUCAUUAGAGAUUUCUUGAACGCCAGAAACUAUAUUGAAGUCGAAACCCCAAUCUUGAACGUUAUUGCUGGUGGUGCCACUGCUAAGCCUUUCAUUUCUCACCACAAUGACUUGAACAUGGAUAUGUUUUUGAGAAUUGCCCCAGAAUUGUUCUUGAAAGAAUUGGUUGUCGGUGGUUUGGAUAGAGUUUAUGAAAUUGGUAGACAAUUCAGAAAUGAAGGUAUCGAUAUGACUCACAACCCUGAAUUCACCACUUGUGAAUUCUACCAAGCUUAUGCUGAUGUCUAUGACUUGAUGGACAUGACCGAAUUGAUGGUUUCUGAAAUGGUCAAGGAAAUUACCGGCGGUUACUCUGUUAAGUACCACCCAGAUGGUCCAGAAGGUAAAGAAUUGACUAUUGAUUUUGCCAGACCAUGGAAGAGAAUCGAUAUGAUUGAAGGUUUGGAAAAAGCCUACGAUACCAAGUUCCCACCAGGAGACCAAUUGCACACCGCUGAAACUGGUGAAUUCUUGAAGAAAUUGUUGAUCAAGUACAAGUUGGACUGUGCUCCUCCAUUGACCAACGCCAGAAUGUUGGACAAAUUGGUUGGUGAAUUGGAAGAUUCUUGUAUCAACCCAACUUUCAUUUUCGGUCACCCACAAAUGAUGUCUCCAUUGGCCAAGUACCACAGAUCUAUCCCAGGUUUGUGUGAAAGAUUUGAAGUUUUCGUUGCUACCAAGGAAAUCUGUAAUGCUUACACUGAAUUGAACGACCCAUUUGACCAAAGAGCCAGAUUCGAAGAACAAGCUAGACAAAAGGAUCAAGGUGAUGAUGAAGCCCAAUUGAUCGAUGAAACCUUCUGUAAUGCUUUGGAAUACGGUUUGCCACCAACUGGUGGUUGGGGUUGUGGUAUCGAUAGACUUGCCAUGUUCUUGACUGACUCCAACACCAUCAGAGAGGUUUUGUUAUUCCCAACUUUGAAGCCAGAUGAAAAGGAAGUUAAGUCUGGUAACUAA